CGGCACACGGUUCAAAGACACUUUAGUUUGAGGUCUUGGAGCAGUUUAUUGGACUUGGCAGUCAGUGUGGACACCUGCACGGCCACGCCGACGCACGGCGCCCGAAGCCGGAUCCGCUCGCAGUCUGUGCGGCCUUUUUUAUCCUGCGGACACGGCUCCAUCUCUCCUCUGCUGGACUACAGCGCGGCCUCAGCCAGGAGACUGUCGGACUACAGCUGCUACGAGCCCCGGCAGCAGUGCCCUCCUCCUCCUCCGUGGAAAUGGACCCUCUACCAGGCGAACCGGGCCAUCGCCUCUCCACAGUCAUACCACGAGUACCGUGGCUCCCAGUCCGAGUCCAUAUUCAGCAGCACCGGUAAGGACUGCUUUCUGUACGGAGCCCCCGCUCCACGUGUGCACGGAGACCCGCGGAGCUUCCCCGACAGAUACGCGGCGUUCAAGCCGGGCUCGCGGCUCCUCUUCCCCGCAGGCCGGAGCAGAAUCCUGCCGCCGGUUUUCGACCAGUUCAUCGAGUAUGCACAAGAAGAAGGAGGUGGAGGUGGUGGAGGAGAAGUGGUGGAGAUCACACAGCGGGACAGAGCGGCGAAUCGAGCCGAGUGGACGAGCUGUCAUAGCGGGGAGAGCAGCGAGGUGAGGGCGGGGUCAGACUCACCGCAGGCCGGGAAGGAGGACGAGGAGGACGCGCCGUUAUCCAGCGGCUGUGGAGGAGACUACAGGCACACCGGGAGCAAGCCAAAGCCCUGCGUGCGGAGGAAGAAGCGCUGUCCUUACUCCAAGCAGCAGAUCAGGGAGCUGGAGAGAGAGUUCCUCUUCAACAUUUACAUCAACAAGGAGCGACGCAUGCAGCUGUCCCGCCUGCUGCUCCUCACAGACCGACAGGUGAAAAUCUGGUUCCAGAACAGACGGAUGAAAGAGAAGAAGCUGAGAAAAGAGAGAGUGCAGUACUACACCAGAUACCACCUGUUCUGAUGCACGGACGAGUCCAGUCCAGAACUCUCAGGAAGCCACCGAGGAGCAAACAAACCGACAGAAAUCACAUCUCAGCUCCGUGUCCCUGCAGGCCUGAAGGAGAGGCCCCAAGGCUCAUGUCCGGGCCCCCGCUGUGUUCAACAAUUCAAAACAACAGCGACAUCUCUGUUUAAUAUUCAGCCUGUCAUCAGGAAAACAUCCAGAGAAGCUGAAGUCAUGAGGCCUGCUGUGAAGAAACAAACCGGCCGCUCGGCCUCGGGCCUUCACGUCCCAUAAAAACCAAGAAAUGAGGACGGACGUCGACCUUUUCAUCUGACGAACAAAACUAAUGAAUCCAGGGAAACAUGAACUGUUGACAUGACAAUCUAAUGGUGUGUGUGUGUGUGUGUGUGUGUGUGUGUGUGUGUGUCUUUUAUAACGGACAGAGCUGAUUUGCUGAAUUUUAAAUCGUGGUUCAUGUGAAUUUGUUUAUAAUUGAUGCAUCUUAAUAAUAAUAUAAUAUAUUUACGCCUCAUAAGAUCGACUGUAACCGUCUAGUUAGCACAUAAAUAUCAUCAUUUAAAGACAAUCGACUUGAGUUAUUCUGAUAUUUCUGACUUUUUAUAUCUGUAUCAUAAAAAAUAAUACAUAUUAAAACUGUAUUCAUGUAUUUAAAUAUUUGAUGACAUGCCUUUAUUAAUGAGUCUGUUAUUUCACGACUAUCUUCUGCUUCUGUGUCUUUGAAUUCAUUGCAAUAAUCCUCAAUUUGGAUUUGAAUAUUUUCAUGUAUUGUACUUCAAAUCACUUUGAUAUUAAAAUAUGUAUCAACCUUAAACGAUAUCUCUGCAAGACGAGGUGUUUGUGGUUUGUUCGGAUGGAAUUUAUUCCUUAGAUUUGAUGAAUUAUACAUUUUCAUAUUUGAAAUGUAUUUAUAUGUCACCUGUAAACCUUUAUGUUUAAUCUGAAUGUGAAAUUAUGUUUCCACAUGUUUAGAAAAUAUAAAAAUAUUCACACAAA